GAUUUUGUAUUCUCAGUUUCAGGAAUUCUCUAAAGUCUUUUUUCGAAAGGGAGUUCGAUUCACGGGAACCCCUGGAUGCUGAUAACAUUGUGGUCGUAUGCGGACUCACAGCUUUACUGGAAUCUCUGGCCUUUGCCCUGAUAGACCAAGGAGAUUACAUCAUGACAUCUUCUCCAUACUAUUAUCGUAUCAAAAAUGACCUGACCGAGAGGGCAAGGGUCAACGUCCUGGAAGUGCCACUGAUAGCGAAGCCAAAGACAAGACGAGUGAAACCCUACACUCUAGACGUUGAUAUACUGGAAGAAGGAUUCCUCGAGGCCGAGCGAGAGGGCAAGCGUGUGAAGGCCGUGCUAUUGGUCAACCCAAACAACCCACUUGGUGACGUGUACACAGCUCAACAGCUAAACCAUAUACUAGAAUUUGCUGCCAGGUACCAGCUUCACGUGAUUGUUGAUGAAAUAUACGCCUUGUCAGUGUUUGACCCGGAUGUGACCUUCACAAGUGUCCUUUCUCUAUACCAUCCAGACCCAGAAAAAGUUCACUUUAUAUGGGGAUUCAGCAAGGACUUUGGCCUGUCCGGUUACCGUUGCGGGGCACUCUACACCAACAACAAGCCACUGGUCAAGUACAUGGUCAGCCUCGGCUUAUACCAGCAGACGGCGCCACUUGUGCAGCAGAGACUCAAACAUAUCAUUGAUGAUACAGACUGGCUACAUCAGACGUACAUACCAACUCUGCAUGAGCGCUUGAGGCGGCAAUACCGAAUGUGUUACGACGCAUUGGUUAAAUGUGGGGUAGAUGUGCAUCACUCAUCUGGCGGCAUUUUUGUUUGGAUGGAUGCCUCUAAGUAUCUACCGGAGCAAACAUUCGCCGCCGAAGAGUGGUUGUUUGAUCAGUUCAUGAAAGAAAAUGUCUUCAUACUUCCUGGGAAAGCUUGCUAUAGCACUAAACCUGGCUGCUUCCGGAUCGUCUUUGCUCUUGAGGAGAACGUUUGUUUAGAAG